CCCCACACCCACCCCUAUGGUGGCCGGAAUACCUGUCUUAUUUACCUAUUUUAACGAACCUUAAAACUUGUCCGUAUGUUUUGGCCAAAAUGUUAUUUUUUUAAAGAAGUAAUUUAGCUAGCGUUAGGGUAUUUAAGUUUGCAACGGUCACUUUAAAGACGUUGGACGUUGGAUUAGGUCAGGGUAGCACAAUAUGAACUAAGAUAAUUCAAAAGGGAGCGCAAUAUGAUUAAGUGCUUGCCCAACGAGGUUCAGGGACGACUUCGCUCCGGAGUCGCCAUACCUUCCCUACAGCAGUGUGUGGAGGAGCUCAUGCUAAACAGUAUCGACGCCGGGGCGACCUGUGUGGGGGUCAGGAUGGACAUGGAGGCGUGUAAAGUUCAAGUCAUUGACAACGGCGCUGGGUUAAGCGUUGAAGAUAUGGAGAUGGUUGGAAAUAGAUACUACACAAGCAAAUGCAGCUCCAUCGAAGACCUGGACAACCUAAAGUGGUACGGCUUCAGAGGUGAAGCUUUGGCAAGUUUAGUGUCUUUAGCAACGCUCGUUGAAAUCUCAUCCCGUACCAAAUCGUCAGUGAAAACCCACGUUAAGUUAUUUAAAGAUGGCAAAGCAUUAAAUGUCUUCGAAGCAGAGACUUCUAGACCUUCUGCAGGGACAACUGUUAUCAUUUGUAACUUCUUCCACAACAUGCCAGUGCGGAGGAGGAGGCUGGAUGCUGUCCUGGAGGGGGAGAGGAUCAGACAAAGGGUGGAGGCUGUUUCCCUCAUGCACCCCACAGUGUCUUUCACCUUGAAGAACGACUGCACAGGAGCCAUGAUGGUCCAGCUCCCCAAAGCCAGAAACACCUAUUACAGGUUUGCUCAGAUACACACUCUUGCACGAGCAGAGAAGCUUGGAGAAAUCAGCUACGCUCGUGGACAGUUUGAGGUAGAUGGUUACCUGGGCAGAGAGGGCCACUACAAUAACACCGUGCAGUUUUUGUAUGUGAACCACAGGCUGCUGCUGAAAACACGGAUCCACAAGCUGCUGAAUGUCCUCCUGCGCAGAUUGAGCAGUUCCAACACGAAAAAUGACAGUCCAGGUGCGCCGUCUGUCAUCCUGAGUCCAAAGCACAAACGGAAUCAGGAGCUCUACGGAGUGUACGUCAUCAACAUUAAAUGCCCUUACUCAGAAUAUGAUAUUUGUCUUGAACCGUCCAAAACUUUGAUAGAGUUCAAAGAUUGGGAUGGGAUUUUACUGUGCAUAGAAGAAGCAGUUAAGGCGUUUCUCAAGAGGGAGAACUUGUUGUUCGUGUUCUCUCGUGAUGACCUGGAUUGCGUAUCUCCAAAAGCGUUUGCUAGUGAUGGAGCAGAUCAAGAAUCAAAUGGGGACAAAAUUCCCCAAACAAGUAUUGCCGCUUCUACUGUGGACUGCAGCUUUGCACUGACACUGGCAUCUGAAUCAGUUCAUCGUAAGAACGCAGAUCAUAAGCAACCAGUUGGUUGCUCUGAGUCUCAUGAUGAGACUGAAAAACAGGAACAGGAGAUAUUGAUGACAGAGCAGGAAGAGAUGCAACAGUGCGAUGCUGAGCCUGCGUCUGGAUGCAAUUUAAACGAUGAAGAGGAGUCAGCAUGCAGUAAAGCUGAUGAAGCUGAGGACAUUUUAAAAUCACCAAAUGGACACAAACGUUCAGAAGACAAAGAGAAAUCAUCACUCGAUGUAACUUCAGUCAGUAAUGCAAAAUCACAACCCAGCAUCGUGCAAUCGGUUCAGUCUGAUUUAAAUUCUAACGAGAAAACUUUUCAGUGUACAGACAGACAUGGACAAAUUUUAGUAAGCAACCAGAAGAUCAGUCUGCCGGAUCCAUACAUUCAUGAAGGUCUGCAGAUUCAGGACCGGCACCAAAGCAGCAGGCCAGCAUUUCAGGCCCAGAAUCUGGCAGCAAAAUGUGUGGAAAAGUCCUCCGCUUCAAAGCGCAAAAUCUGUUUGGAUUUAGGGCCAGACAGAUCUUCUCAUGGAGACUUUACCUCUAUCAUCCCCUCGAAAAUGUCCAGGGUCAGUUCUAAUCAAAAAGUGUCAGCUUUUAUUGAGCUGGGAUCUCUGGACAAGUUUAGAAGAAUGUGUGUGAAACCCAAUGAAGUGAAAUUACCAAAUCCCCAUUCACUGAGCAGGUCCAGGCUUCCUCAAAGAGACGGCUCUGCCUUAAAUCCCAAGAGUGUUUCUGCUGGCCAGGGCGAUCCCGGUGAGGGUGGGGCCGUACAGCCACUGAAAGAAGAGGAAAUGCAGCGUAGAUUCCAAGGCACUAGGACACUCUCUGCUCUCAAAGCUCAAAACAGAGAUAAAAUAUCCGUGGCAGCUAAACUUAGCCAAUUAAAGCAGACCAGGGCAGAAGAUUCCGAGGUCUCACAGCACACAUCCAGGAAUACCGCAGAGGGCAAACCUCUCAGAAGUGGUAACGAUGGCCCCCAAGCCAGUAAUAAAAAUCCAAAUCUCCAGGGCCCUGCAGUGCUUGUUGACUGCGGCUCCGGCUGCAGUGAUAAUCCUCAGAUGGCUGAGAAGGAGGAUGAUUUAACAUCAAGUGACUGGCUUCAUCACUUUGACACGUCUGUUGGAAAGACUGUUUAUGUCAACAGGAUGACUGGGCUCAGUAGAUAUGAAAACCCAGCCAUGGAGGAAACACAAGUGCGCUGCACAUCUGAUAUCACCAAUAUGGCCAUCAGCGUCAUCUCCAAAAAGGGGAUGGAGUACAGGUGUUACCCCUUUCAGGUGGAUCUAGUGUUCCCUUUCCUGCCUAAAUCCAGGCCAGAAAGGGUGAUUAGCUCAGGGAUUGAUUGUAGAGCAACAGAUGAUGAUCCUGGUGAGGGCUCCCCAACGCUUUCUCUGCUAUACUCCAAGUGGAAUAACCCUGUAUUUGUCCGCCCCCCUAUGGUCGGCGUGGAUAUUUCCAGUGGACAGGCCGAUGGACUGGCUGUGAAGGUCCACAACAUCCUCUUUCCCUACCGCUUUUCGAAGACCAUGAUUCACUCAAUGAAGGUUAUUCAUCAAGUAGAUAAAAAGUUUCUUGCGUGCCUUAUCGACACCAGAGAAGAAGAGCCCAUGGCACAAAAAGGACCCGAAGGAAACCUGCUGGUGCUGGUGGAUCAACACGCUGCACACGAGAGAGUUCGACUUGAAAAUUUUGUUGCAGAUUCGUAUGAGGACGAUCCAGAUGUCCCCGGGGAGAAACGCCUCACUUCAUCCAUCAUUUUGCCCCCUCUGGAGAUCAGCGUAACGGAGGAGGAGCUGAGGCUGCUCAGAUCCUGUCAGACUCAUAUGAGGAAUUUGGGCCUUGAAGUUACUUUCUCACAGGCGGCCGCUCCACAUGUGCUUGUGGGAAAGGUGCCAUUAUGCUUUAUGGAAAAAGAGAGCAACGAGCUGAGGCGGGGGCGACCGUCUGUUAUUAAGCCAAUUGUUGAGGAGCAUCUUCGAGAACAGAUCGAGUUACUCCGGUCCACAGGCAGAGUUAGAGGAACUUUGCCUCUCAGUGUCCUGAAGGUACUGGCAUCACUAGCGUGCCACGGUGCCAUCAAAUUCAACGACACUCUAAGCAGAGAUGAAUGCUGUAGCUUGGUUGCAUCCUUGUCUUCAUGCCAGCUGCCCUUCCAGUGUGCCCACGGCCGUCCCUCCAUCGCUCCGCUGGUAGACAUCCUUCAUUUGGACAACCAGGAGGAUGUCCAGAAACCCAACCUGCAAAAGCUGAGAAGAAUGUACAGAGCAUGGCAGCUGUAUGGAAAUAGAUAACUUGCGGACAGACUCUCCUGUCGGGACGCUGUGCCAGAAGGCGCCAGAAGAGGCGAGCUCUCCGGCUUCCUCCUCAGAGAGCAGUGCGAAGGAUGUCUCCCAAGACAUGAGCGAUCAGGACACUCCGUUUAUUCCAACUGUUACGGCGAUCUCCUCCACCCCAGAUUUCCAGUGGAUGGUCCAGCCUACGAUCAUUACAUCUGUCUCCCCGUCUCUGGGUAGAAAGCAAGCCAAUGAACCGCAAAGCUCGCAGCAGGCAACACCCAAAGCAGGCGGGAGCAAGGGAAAAAAUGGAGCCAGAAAGGGGAAAGCAGAGCAGUUGUCUCCGGAGGAGGAGGAGAAGAAAAGGUUAAGAAGGGAGAGGAAUAAAAUGGCCGCAGCCAAGUGCCGCAACAGACGGAGGGAGCUCACAGAUACGCUGCAAGCUGAGACAGACAAGCUGGAGGAGGAGAAAUCAGCCCUGGAGACGGAAAUAGCCAACCUCCUCAAGGAGAAGGAACGGCUCGAAUUGAUCCUAGCCACGCACAAGCCGGUGUGCCAGAUGUCGGAGGAGCUGGAGUCUAUUUUCCAGGAGUCCACAGAGUCCCCCGAGCUGCCGCCCAGCCCGGACGAGGACAGACUUCCGGAGGACGGUAUCCAGGAGGCUCCUUCACUCCAGGAGCUGGACGUCCCCAGCGAUCCGUCCACAGCCAUCUCCGGGAACUCCAACAUCUUACUGUGCGCCAGCGCUGAAAUAAACCUCUGCGAUCUGGAGCCCUCCCUGGACCUUAAGGAGGGACUACUGGACAAUAUGCUGCCGGGCUCGGAGGAGAAGACCCCCAUGGAGACGGCCCGGUCCGUGCCAGACAUAGAUCUGAGCAGCUCCCUGGGGGUUUCGGAUUGGGAGACGCUGUACAAGUCGGUGUCCAGCGACCUGGAGCCCCUCAGCACCCCCGUGGUCACCUCCACCCCCACCUGCAGCAGCUACCUGUCUGUGUUCACGUUUGCCUGUCCCGAGCUGGACUCUCUCACAGAGGGACUCGAGACCCUGAAAGGUGGGGGAAGCAAGGCCGAAUCUGUCGACAUCCUUAACUCUCCCACCCUUUUAGCCUUAUAAUGCACAGAGGAAAGCGGCCUGCCUGAUCUCGCCGCCUCUGGAGUUUCUGUUUGCAGGUUCCUGACUUUCAAAUGAAAUAAACAACAUAUGCCCCAAAUAUGCUGUAACACUUCAAGUUAUACAUUCAUGAAAUGUCUUGUGUGUGACUAAACAAGCAUAUAAGCUUUCUCCAAAUACAUAAGCAACCGAGAGACCUAGCUAAAAGCAUGGCUUUGAAUCCAACAGGAGGGACUGAAGUUUUCCAUUUAAAAAAAGCAUGCAGAUAAAAUUCCAAAUAAUUUUCAAAGUUCAUAUAUAUCUGAUCUGUCACUAGAUCUGAAGUGUAAUGUGGAAUUUGUCCGUAUCGGUAUGGUUUUGUGUUUUUGGUGUGAGUAGUCUAUUGAUUGCUGUAAAUGUUGUACUUACACAUUCAUCUAUGUUAAGUACUCUCAUACCUCAGUGUCAUCAACUGUGAUUAUGCCUCAUUGUUAAAAUGUUGAAAGUUUUCCAUGAAAACAUCCAGUGCUAAAUAGUAUAUAUAUAUAUAUAUCUUAUGAUAUCUUAUCUAACUUGUGAUUUAUUUUUUUACCUUUCAGAUUUUGACUUAUUUGUUAUGAGUAAAAAAAAAAAGAUGGAAAAUGAGCAUUGACUGCUUAUUUAUGCUGCUUAAUAAUAAUAAAUCUACGUUCACAGUG